CUUACGCUUAGCAGGUAAAGACUGUUUCACUAUAGGAGAGAAUCCACCAACACUGACGAUGAUGAGAUUCAAACUAAAUAUAUGUUCUCCUUCCAAGAGUUGAGAAAACUGGAGAUGCAGAACGCCUGACCAAGAAGUUUCAAGUUUCUCCCCUUAUCACAUAAAAAAUAAAAUAAAAUUGCUUGGUACGAUCGGGAUUAUUAUCAAUUUAGAAUGGGAAUAUUAUAAAUAUCUGUGCUGCAAAUGGAUUUGCUCAGAUGAUUUUGAAUAAUAUAAAAUGCCAUCCACAGCCCAUAUCAGAGGACUGUGUAGAGAGGGUCGCUUGAAAGAUGCGCUACACAUUCUGUUUACUGCAAAUAAUACUUGUGUAGAAUCUUCUGCGUAUCUUCAUCUAUUGCAGGCUUGCAUUGACAAGAAAGCCCUCGCAGAAGCUUAUAGGAAACAUGGGUUUCCUCAGGAGGCAUUCACUCUGUUUUACCAAAUGCAGAGAACAGCUGUCCAGCCUGAUCACUUCACGUUCUCCGCUAUUCUCCCUGUAUGUUCCAGUGUGGCUUCUCUAAAAUAUGGUUUGCAGAUCCAUGGAAGAAUACUUAGAUGUGGGUUUCAAUCUAAUGUUGUUGUAAUGAGUACCCUGAUGGACAUGUAUUCCAAAUGUGGAAGCAUGGAUAAUGCGCGUGAAGUGUUUGUAAAAAUGCCUCAAAGAGAUGUGGUGGCAUGGAAUGCAAUCAUAGCUGGAUAUGAGCAACAUGGGCUUGUUGAAAAUGCCUUGAUGACUUUUAAGAAAAUGCAGUUGACAGGCAUAGAGCCGAACUCGGCAACCUUUGCCAGCGUCCUUCCAGUUUGUGCCAAAAUGGGUGAUUUGAAACUGACAAUGGAGAUCCACCAAAUAAUCAUAAAAAGUGGGUUUUUAAGGGAUGCUGUAGUUGUGACUUCCCUGAUUGAUACGUAUGCAAAAUGUGGAAACAUACAGGAAGCGCACAGAUUGUUCGACGAUAUGCCUGAACGAGAUAUGGUUUCAUGGACUGCAAUUAUAGCAGGACAUGUACAUAUUGGACUUGUUGAUAAAGCCUUGGAUAUUUUUAAGCAAAUGCAAUCAGCAGGUGUAAAACCAGACACAUCUACAUUUGCUAGCAUUCUGCCUGCUUGUGCCAAACUUGGAGCUUUGGAACAGGGGACGGAAAUCCACCGAAAAGUUCUUGAAAGCGGCUUUUUGUCUGAUAUCAUUGUGACUGCUCUUGUGGACAUGUAUGCAAAGUGUGGGAGUAUAGAGAAGGCAUUUGACUUGUUUGAGAAAAUACAUCAUCCAAAUGUAAUCUCGUGGAACACAAUUAUUGCGGGGCAUGCAAUGCAUGGCUAUAGCAAGGAUGCUCUUUCCCUCCUCGAGCAAAUGAAACAGUCUAGUAGUAAGCUUGAUCAUGUAAGCUUUGUUUGUGUUUUAUUUGCAUGCAGUCAUGCAGGUUUAGUCGAGGAUGGCUGUAAAUACUUUAGUCAAAUGAGCAACUCUUAUUGCAUCAUGCCCACUGUGGAUCAUUAUGUCUGUAUGGUUGACCUUCUUGGCCGUGCCGGCUAUCUUGAGGAAACCCUAAACUUUAUUAUCAAAAUGCCAAUAACACCUGGUUUGGUUGUGUGGAAGUGUCUGCUUGGAGUUUGUAGAUUACAUAAGAAUAUAUGUCUGGGAGUAUUUGUGUCAAGACUCCUUUUUGAGAUGGAUCCUAAAAAUGCCGAAGCUUAUGUCCUUAUCUCAAACAUCUAUGCAGAAGCAGGCAUGUGGGGUGAUGCUCAAAAUGUAAGGAAAUUGAUGAAAGAAAGAGGAAUUAUAAAGAAACCUGGAAGUAGUUGGAUUGAAGUCGAUAAAAUGAUACAUGCUUUUUGUGUUGGAGACAAGUCACACCCCCAAACAGAGGAGAUUUAUGCAAUGUUGGAGAAAUUAUCUUUGGAGAUGAAGGCGGCAGGGUAUAUACCAGAUACAAGAUCUGUGCUGAAUGAUCUCGAGAAAGAGGAGAAGGAGUUACUCAUUUGCCACCAUAGCGAGAAGUUAGCAAUUGCAUUUGGGUUGUUAAACACAGCCCCCGGAACAACUAUUAGAGUUGUCAAGAAUCUUCGAGUAUGUGUUGACUGUCACACUACAACCAAGUUUAUUUCCAAGAUUGUCGCAAGAGAAAUUGUUGUGAGAGAUGCAAACCGCUUCCAUCACUUCAAAAAUGGACAAUGUUCUUGUGGAGAUUAUUGGUGAUGCUAAGUGAAGCAAGCCUCAAACACAUCUGUGCACCAUGCUGGACUUGCAGUGGAACCAUGCACAGCCCUGGACUGAAAAGCUGGAUGAAGAAGUGAAAGAAUUGGAAAUGUGAAAGGCAUGUUUACAAUCAAAAUGAAGAUUGGAUAUGGUGAGGAGAGCAUCUCUUGAUGAUAUUUUACCCUAAUUUUGUCAUUUUUCACGGUUUUGAUGUCUGGUUUAGGAGCCUAAAUUAAGUACCGAAUUAUUUAUGCAAAUUUAUAAAUGCCCAGGUGGGUUUGGUGUAAUUUACGGUCAUGGAUAACACUAAUUUUUGUGGUGACCAGGUAAACUGUAUUUACAUUCAAAUUUGAUUAUCAGAAUUUCUCAUUCCAGAGCAUUGAGAAAGUACAGGAAUUUAUCUGGGGCUUUCAAUGACCCCUUUAUUAAUUUAUGUAAAUCCGAUUUACGUAAUACAAACAAAGGCUGUAGUGCAGUUGUUGUCCCUGCCAAUGGCUGCAAGAAUGGUUUGUACCGGUAGUAUGCUAUCUUUAAUGUAUUGCUCUGGCAUUAAACUUAGCUUGCCAUUGUCUGAUGUGUGAGCUCGGAGAAACUGAGCUUUGGAUGCAUUCCUCAUUGAACCUCGUUGCAUGUUGAGGAGAAUAGAACAAGUCAAGUUCUAUAAUCAUAAAUAAAAGUCAUCCAUCGUUUAAUUAAUAUCUAGGUCCUUCUAGAUUGAUUUUGCUUUCACAAUGUCUUGCUUAACAGUGUGCAUUAUUGCAGUCAAGUUUCUCCAUGCUGGAAUCACUACUAGUGUCCCAUUUCAAAUGUGCAGCUGUGAGAGGAAGAGAGGAAAUAUAAGUUGGUCACAAUCAAAUGAACAGAUUUUUUGAAGUGCGUUUGUCAUGUGAAUUAAGUUGAAUUAACACGUGAGAGCAAGAGAUAAAAUAAGACCUUGAUGCAAUUGAACACAUUCCAGACUCUUGCAGCUGUCAUUUUUGUUCUCCUCCACUACCAUGGGAUGCGGUAGGCUGAAGGGGAACAUUUAAUGGAUUAUCUGACCCUGGGUAUACAGCGCUGAAAGAUUUGUAUUUGCAGGUGCUCAGGUGAUUUUUUGCAAUUCAGCUUAUCCAAACUCAUUUUAAUCUUUUGUGUGUUCGUAGGAACAGCAAUGCGUGUACGUGUUUCUAUUAAGAAUGAUCAACAGCAAUGCAUGCUUUUGUAGGAUGUUAGCAUCCUACAACUGUCAAAGACGUGUUCACUAAAACUUACCUGGCCACUGCAAAGGGUUAAGUGAACAAACUAUUAUAUUGGGGAAGGACAAGCCAUUAAGAAAUUUGAUGCUUUGCUUCUUAGUUUAACAGGAAGCAUUCUUUGUAGUUAUUGCACUUUUUAUUGUUCAUAUUCAGGAUCCGUGAUGAUCAUAUCACUCUCUUUAAUAUUUGUACUAGCUAGUUUGUAUCGGACCAUAACUAUUUCACAUGUUUAUA